GGCCGGCAAAGCUCCGUUCCGAACAAGCUCCCUGUUUGAAAGUGUAAAAGUUACAUUUACUAUUAGCACUCAGUUGACGCGGCGCGCUUUUAACCUCAAACUUUUGUGUUUUGUGUUGUUACAAAACUCCGUUAUCACAUAUAGUAGGACCGAAAAGUGACUGGUUUGUUUUUGUUUUUGUUGUGGUACCGGUGCCGCUACUUGACAGUCUGCAUUUGGGAUUUUACGUUUUCGUGCACAGUGCGGGGUGCGUAUAGCGCGCAUUCUGCGAUAGUAGGCCAAGAUUCGUGUCAAGAACAGAGAUCCGGUUCCGGUUUAUUCCAUGGAAAUGGAUCCGCAAGAAAGGGAACCGGACAUGGGUGACGAAAGUCCAGUGUCACAUAAUGAAGAAGAUAUGAGCGAUGGCGAGCCUAAUUCUGGAACAGAACAAGAGGAUCAUGACAGUUGUGACGAAAUCAGACGACACGGCAAUUUCGCCGAUCACAAUGACGUACUUACCAAAUUGAAAAUGCAAGUGAGGGAUAUUAAUGUGAGGGACGACUUCGAAAACCAAAGAAACCAGCUGUCCUUUCCGCUUAACAACCGUCCUCAAGAAGGCAUCCAAUUUCCCGUUCCGUUUCCAUUCCAACAUCCUGCCGCUUUUCUGCCUCCGAUGGCACCUCAACCUCAGCCACCCUCUUCUGGAAGCUCGCAUUCUUCGGAAGGCAGCGCCUCAUCUCAGCACACCUGGUCGUUUGAGGAACAAUUCAAACAGGUGCGUCAGUUGUACGAAAUCAACGACGAUCCUAAAAGAAAAGAAUUCCUGGACGAUCUCUUUUCGUUUAUGCAGAAACGGGGUACCCCGAUAAAUCGACUUCCAAUCAUGGCCAAAUCAGUUCUAGAUCUGUACGAGUUAUACAAUCUAGUAAUCGCGCGAGGGGGAUUAGUUGACGUCAUCAAUAAGAAACUCUGGCAAGAAAUUAUCAAGGGGCUUCACUUACCCUCUUCGAUUACUUCUGCGGCUUUCACGCUAAGGACACAAUACAUGAAAUAUCUUUACCCCUAUGAAUGUGAGAAACGCCAUCUAAGCACUCCUGCCGAACUACAAGCCGCCAUCGACGGUAACCGACGAGAAGGCAGAAGAAGUAGCUACGGCCAAUACGAUGCCAUCUCCAGGUACGGGUACGAAUCUCCAAACCCAAACCAUCAACUCAACCCGCUGUCUCUAGUCUCGGCUGCUCAGCAACAGCAGCUAGCCGCCAGAAUGAACUCAGUCAUGUCGGGUGGCAUCGGUUUACACAAUGGUGCUCAUCAUCCUAGUCAUCCGCAGCCCAUGAAUCAACCGAUGAACGGAGGACCUUUGCCCAAUUUACCCAAUCUAGCUCCCAGCGAAUUCGAAGCUAGAAUGAUGGAGUAUAUGAAAUUGUUAAACAAGGAAAUGAGAGCCUCGACGACGACUCCGCCACGCCAAGGCGACAUGACACCACCAAAUGCCACCUCUCCGCUAACCCCAUUCGAGGUGCAACAACGCAUGAACCUUUUCAACCUCUACAACAACAACCAGACACAAAUCGAACCACAAAAGGAACCUAUCAACCUAUCGGAACCAACUCCAACGCUAAAAAGAGAGUCGGAAUGUUCGAUAAAACGGGAACCUGACUGUAGAGAAUCUCCUCCACCUCCUAAAAGAAUGUCCAAAGAAGACGACGAUUCGGCUAGGUCGCUAUCGCCAGCAUCACCUGUCCACACGCCUAUCAGUACCCAUAUUAAAAUAACCAGUAGAGGUGAUUCAAGAAACGGUGACAAAUCCUUGGUAGUCAGCAUGGAACUGGACGGUAUCACCUACCAAGGAGUCCUGUUCGCCCAAACGACCAGGCCCAAUUCGCACGCGGCAAUGGCUUCCUAAAGAGACUUAUUUAAAACGUGUUCAAAAAUCUAGUAAAACGUUAUAUCGGACUUAGAAAUAUUUGUUUUUGUAUUUAUUUUAUAUUAGGACGUGUGAUUGUGAGAGUAUGUAUUUUGUAGUUUCGACAACAGAGGUCCGUUUAUUGAACUCAGUAGGACUUGGUGAAUAGUGAAAAAAUUUAGACUGUUUAACAAGUCCUUCUCUAUUCUCUCUAAAAAUAAAGUCUCUCUCGAGGAUUCUCUGUUAUUUAAUAUUAAAUUUGUGAUUUUCAACUGUAUUUAUUUCUACAGUUGUAUUUGAUAGGCCAGUUUGUGUAAUUUCCUGUAAAUAUUCGAAAGAUUUUCACGGUCACUUUAAUUAUUGUUUUUUUUUUUUUUGUAAAUAUAUUUUCUUGAUUAUAUCUUAUGUUUAACUUUUUAAAAAUUUCUUCGAUUUUUUUUUGUUACUGGGAGCAUUUUUGUAAAUAUAAUUAAUGUUUAGCUCGAAAUUUGUAAGUUCAAAAAGUCUCUAGUUUUUAGUGUUAAUAUUUACUAUACAGCCCGUCUAUUUUAAUCUGAUACUCCAAAGGAAUGAGAGCUGGUGGCUCCUUACGUUAGAACGCCAAUGGUCAACUGACGUCACAACGCCAAUGGUCUACUGACGUCACACCUGUUUUUGUCAUAUGCUUGACCCCUCCUCGCUCCUUAUACGGAAAGUUUCAGAUUAAAAACGACGGACAAUACCUACUUAAAAAAUAGUGUCAGUAUUUUUAAUCUUGCUAUAUAGAUUGCGUAUAAAAGUAAGUUGUGAUUUCAUUUGCUUAGUUUCAAAACCCAAUCUCCCUUACAGGCAGCUAAUAUAGGAGGGAAAAUCACUAAUUUAACUAUUUUGUUUGUAUAAUUUACCAAAAAAGAAAGACUGUUAUUUUAUGUAACACUGUUUGAUUUAGAGUAUAUGGUACAUUUUGCUACCUACUUAAUUUAUAAAGCAAACGUUAUUUAUAAAAAUGUACUGUAUGGAGUGUAGCAAUAUUGUUAGUUAUUUAGGACUAUUAAACCAUGUAUCAAUAAUAAAUGAAUCAAUAAAACGAAUAAUAGGUAUUUGAAAACACUUGUUAAUAAAUCAAGUUUUUAUUUUUUAUUUUUAGACCCCUCAGGGAACUUUAUUUUUGUCAUUUUCCUUUCAUUGUGUUUUUUAUUUUUAAAUUAUUAGUGUACCUACCUUUGUAGCAAAGUUUGCUUGUAGGUAUUUUAUUCGCAAAUGGUGUACAUAAAAUUAUCAUUAAAUGUUGAUACAAGUGUA